AUGUUUUGUGUAAAGAAUCAAUUUGAUACCCAAGCAAUUCACGAAGCUCUUCAGAUAUCAACAGAAUAUUUCACUCCUUUCUUGUUUUCUCACCAAGCAAAAACAGUAUUUAGCUAUCAUUUAAUACGAAUAUGCAAAACCUUUCAUAUAAUCUUUUAUACCCGCAAUUAUCUUAGUAAAAUGAAACUUUCUGAUCUCCAUUGCAGCAGAACUUUGCGAAAUGCUUGGCAAUUUCUACCUACCUAG